CCAGUUGUUCGUCCCACAUUUUAUUCGGUAACGGCGUCUCGUCGCUACGGUUCUCUCUCUCUCUCUCUGUGUUCCUGAGAAAGUGUGUGUGAGCUCCAGCACUACUGAUCCAUCAUCUGUGUGUUUGGAUAAACCUCUGAAUGGACUGUGUGCUCUUUUUUCUGGAGCGUUUACCUCGGACUAUAGGAGCUAGCUUAGCAUGCUAGCUGGAAACACGUUAGCAACGCCAGUCAGAUUGAGAGUUUGAUGGAGAGAGAAACGGUGUGUUUAACGGAGUUUGCAGGAAAAAGGUGAUCUAGUAAACAUGAGUAAAGUCCAAAUGCUGCUGUCGUUGAAGAAGCAGCGACUCACUGCUGCUGCUGAAGAGAUAUUUGCUUUGUUUGAAAAAACGAUAGCCGAGCUCGAAGAGGAGCUGUCUCUUUCCAAAGAGGAGAACAAGAGACUCCAGAAACUUCUGGACGCUGUUUUACAGCCUCAGCUUCGGAUACACAGAGCAGAUGUCCAGCUGCUGGUGGUGGUUAAAGAAGAGUUUCUCCCUGACCAGCAGGAGUGGAGCACCAGUCUGGACCCGGAGGAUCCAGAGCCCCCCCCACACAUUAAGCAGGGACAGGAGGAACUCAGGAUCAGUCAGGAGGGAGAGCAGCUUCAGGAGCUGGAGGAGGCUGAGAUCACCAAGUCCACUUUCACUCCUGACCCUGUGAAGAGUGAAGAUGAUAAAGAGAAACCUCAGUCCUCUCAGCCUCAUCAAAGACAAACUGAACACAUGGAAACAGAAGCUGAUGGAGAUGACUGUCGAGGACCAGAACCAGCCAGGAGCUCAGAUCCAGAGAGCAGUUUACAACCAAAGACUGAGGAUGACACUGGAGACUCUUCUGAACCUGGCACUGAAGACUGUGCUGAUUGGAAGGAGGCCAGAGAACCUGCAUCAGGCUCACACUCACUGAAAAAUAGACAUGAAUCAGUCAGUGAUCCACAACCUAGUGCUGAAAAUAAACCAUUCAGCUGCACAGUCUGUAAGAAAGCUUUUUCACAGAGUGGGAAUUUAAAAGCACACACGAGAGUCCACACAGGAGAGAAACCAUUCAGCUGCUCAGUCUGUAAGAAAGCUUUUUCACGAAGUGCACAUUUAAAGGCACACACGAGAGUCCACACAGGAGAGAAACCACACAGCUGCUCAGUCUGUAAGAAAGCUUUUUCACGAAGUGCGCAUUUAAAGGAACACACGAGAGUCCACACAGGAGAGAAACCAUUCAGCUGCUCAGUCUGUAAGAAAGCUUUUUCACAAAGUGCACAUUUAAAGGCACACACGAGAGUCCACACAGGAGAGAAACCACACAGCUGCUCAGUCUGUAAGAAAGCUUUUUCACGAAGUGCACAUUUAAAGGCACACACGAGAGUCCACACAGGAGAGAAACCACACAGCUGCUCAGUCUGUAAGAAAGCUUUUUCACAGAGUGCACAUCUAAAGGACCACUGGAGAGUCCACGCAGGACAGAAACCAUUCAGCUGCUCAGUCUGUAAGAAAGCUUUUUCAAAUAGUGGAAAUUUAAAGAAACACACGAGAGUCCACACAGGAGAGAAAGCACACAGCUGCUCAGUCUGUAAGAAAGCUUUUUCACAGAGUGCAGAUUUAAAGGCACACAUGAGAGUCCACACAGGAGAGAAACCACACAGCUGCUCAGUUUGUAAGAAAGCUUUUUCACUGAGUGGAAAUUUAAAGACACACAUGAGAGUCCACACAGGAGAGAAAGCACACAGCUGCUCAGUCUGUAAGAAAGCUUUUUCACGAAGUGCACAUUUAAAGGCACACACGAGAGUCCACACAGGAGAGAAACCACACAGCUGCUCAGUCUGUAAGAAAGCUUUUUCACGAAGUGCACAUUUAAAGGCACACACGAGAGUCCACACAGGAGAGAAACCACACAGCUGCUCAGUCUGUAAGAAAGCUUUUUCACAGAGUGCACAUCUAAAGGACCACUCGAGAGUCCACGCAGGACAGAAACCAUUCAGCUGCUCAGUCUGUAAGAAAGCUUUUUCAAAUAGUGGAAAUUUAAAGAAACACAUGAGAGUCCACACAGGAGAGAAAGCACACAGCUGCUCAGUCUGUAAGAAAGCUUUUUCACAGAGUGCAGAUUUAAAGGCACACAUGAGAGUCCACACAGGAGAGAAACCACACAGCUGCUCAGUCUGUAAGAAAGCUUUUUCACUGAGUGGAAAUUUAAAGACACACAUGAGAGUCCACACAGGAGAGAAAGCACACAGCUGCUCAGUCUGUAAGAAAGCUUUUUCACGAAGUGCACAUUUAAAGGCACACAGGAGAGUCCACACAGGAGAGAAACCACACAGCUGCUCAGUCUGUAAGAAAGCUUUUUCACAGAGUGCACAUCUAAAGGACCACUCGAGAGUCCACGCAGGAGAGAAACCAUUCAGCUGCUCAGUCUGUAAGAAAGCUUUUUCAAAUAGUGGAAAUUUAAAGAAACACACGAGAGUCCACACAGGAGAGAAAGCACACAGCUGCUCAGUCUGUAAGAAAGCUUUUUCACGGAGUGAUAGUUUAAAGACACACAUGAGAGUCCACACAGGAGAGGAAAAAUAGAGCUGCAAUGUUUGUGACAAAAGAUUUAAAUGGUAUAAUCGUUUCAAAAGACAUAAGUGUGUUGGUCGUCAGCUGCUUUUGUAACUGUAAGGGAAUACAUUUGUCUAUUUUGUAUCCUGAUGACCUAAUGCCGUUACAUGUAAUACGUUACUCCCUAAGCCUGAUUUCACCCACCUGCAACCGAUUCGCUAAUAAUCACAAAUCUUCAUUUUCUUUGACCCCUUGACUCGACUAUUUCUUGUUUAAUAAUCGUUACAUCUCCUCAGGACCAAGUUCCUUUGUCCUGCCUUUCACUUGCUGUUUACCGACUGCUCAUUUAAGGUGGACUCACCUUUACAAGGGACCAGCUAGUCUUAUAAAGUGAUGCUAGACCAAAAACGUGCUGUUGGGCCAAAAACGGGCCCCGCACGGCUCUGCAUGCUUAAAGCGAGCUACCCGCUGCAGUGGAAACGCGACAUCAGUGUCUUAAUGCAAAUGUUUUGUAAAGUGACGCUAGACCAAAAACGUGCUGUUGGGUAGUGUGCUCUCUGCAGGACGGUGUCUGUACUCAAAUAUUGUUUAUGAAAUGAGAGCUUCAUUCCGUUUUUGUUGUCUAAACAACGCCAACAGUGCGAUACGUCUUCUUUCCAGCAGAUGGCAUACAUGUUAAAUCAUCCAGUUCAACUGUCAUCCACAUAUUAAUGAUUCAAAACAGCAAUGUGUAAGAUAUGGCUAGUAAUUGACCAUUUCAACAGAAUGUGAAGAGGUUACAGUCUUGAGGCCAUGUCCAAUAUGUUUAUGUUUUGUUUGAUUAAAUCUACUGAAAUGAGCAUUCAA